AUGAAUAAUUAUCGCCCACAAGAAGGACGUUGGCUGUCUCGCACAGUUCUUGAUCAUGCAGGGAGAGUGUGUUUUGUUAUUAGAAUUAGGAUAGCAGGAGGGUUUUGGAGAAGAGGAGGUGAAACUCCUUCCGCUGUAAAAUGGGAAGAUAAGAUAAUAGAGAUACGCGAAGGAACUUGGUCUUAUGUUGCUGGUUCCAUUGGUAGAGCCCCUGAGAAGGUUGUGGCCACUGCUGCACCAAAGGAAUCUACAGAACAAUGUAAAACAGUGUGGCGCUUUUCAACAGAAGAUGAACUGAUUAUAGAGUGGGAUUCAUCGCUGUCAUUAUCAAGUCUCACCUUUAGUUUGACAAAUCCAACAUCUCCCGAGUCAUCGGUGAAGUUAUUGAAAGGGAGGAAAAUGCAAUAUAAAGUGAAGAAAACAAAGUCAAUGAACAAAAGCGAAGAAAUGGAGGAUGAGGAUGAGGGUUUUCUAACGGUAGUACGUUUCACAGAAGAUAACCAAGAUGGAAAAGCAACAGCUCUACUGAAUUGGAGGCUUUUGGUUGUCGAAGUAUUGCCCGAAGAAGACACUGUGUUGAUGCUUCUCCUUUGCAUUACAAUACUGAAAAGUGUAUCCGAAAUGAAAAAACACGACGUGGGAGAUUUGUUGGUGAGGAGAAGAUUAAAGCAAGCAAAAAAUGGUACUAAGGAUUGGGGUUCUGUGAUACUUGAUCCAUCUUCAUGUGGUGAUUCACCUUAUGUUCAACCUUGGUAUUGGAAUGCUGGGCUUGUUAUGGCAUUGGAUGAAGGAGAUCAACUCAAAAGGCAGCCAGUAUUAAGUCAUUCUGCAGUGGAAGGCGGUGAAAAGUUAUACAAGAAUGGGAUUAUCAGUUAA